AACAGGUUCGAUAGAGUAUCAAAUACUGUCACUUUGACAAUCUAUGACUCUAAUGCGUGCGUCAGAUUUUUGGCCUAUAAAAUGGCUUAAAAUGUUUAUAGUUGUAUGACAAUAACUUCUUGAGAAUUUACUUAUAUUGAAAGCAAGUUUGAUUAGAAGAAUUAAACCUGUUAAUUGUCAAAACAACCGAUGAAUUCCUAAAAUAGUAUAAAAAGCUCUAUGAUGUUAUGUUGGUUCAUCAGAAAAAGUUGGUUUCCCGAUCAAUAACUGCACAAUAUACAAAAUGUUCAAAGUCUUGAUGAUCUGCGCUAUUGUCGGCCUGGCCGCAGCCUUCCCAGAUGCCACCCUUGAUGAAGUUAAGCUUCGCAGUGAGGAUGUGCGUCCAGAUGGCUUUGAGUCCAAGCUGGAGAUCUCCAAUGGCGUCAGUGAGCAGCGUUCGGGUGAUGAGCAUGGUAACAUCAAGGGCAGCUUCAGCUAUGUCGCUCCCGGUGGCGAGCAUGUCCUGAUCAACUAUGUGGCUGAUGAGAACGGUUACCAACCAUCUGGCGAAGUUCUGCCAACUCCCCCACCAAUUCCAGUUGAGAUCCAAAGGGCUCUAGAGUGGAUCGCUGCCCACCCUCAUGUUGAGAAGGAUAGCGAUGAAGAUGAUGACGAAUAAGCUUUCGGUGAUCUAACUGUCACAUUCUAACGUAAUUUGGACUAUUGAAGAUAGAUAAAUAUUUAAGUUGAGCAUUCUUGAAUCCUGAUUUUACACGGAUAUGAAAAUACAUACAGCAAAUUGCUAAUUGCAAAAAUUUGAGAGAAAUUUAUUUUGUGAUUGAUGUUGCAAAUAUCACAUUAUAAUGUUGACGUCAACAAAUUCAAUAAUUUCAACAGCUUUAUUAUUUUGUUCGGACAAUUCAGCUUCUAGCUUAAGUGAGGCAUCAAAAUUCCGAGAAAUGUGUAUGAGCUAAAUUCCAAUAUUUAUCAAUCAUUGAAGGCAACGAUUGAAAUAAUGAGUAGGGUUAACUAUUUUUAUACCCGUUAGA